AUGGACGUUUUCAAAAUCGACCAGUCGCUGAGCGCGGGUCUGGGUAGCGCCCCGGCGCCGGACACCCUUACGCCGGAAGUGUCGUUCGACGCUGGUAGCGAGUUCAAUCUGAGCUUCUUCGACGGUCCGGAGGAGAACAGUACCCAAGGCUUCAGCGAUCCUGGUUCCGUUGGUAGCGCCAGCGCAUCGCCCCCGCCAGGAACACCGGCCAGCAUCCCCGUAAAUCCUUCGAACGCUGCCCUACCGAUUGUCCAAGUGCCCCCUGGCAUCGUCAUUAAACAAGAUUCGCCAUCGACACGUUUAUCUGUUGUCGUUAGCUGUCGUUCCCUCCUCCUCGUGGACGCUUUUACAAAAGGUUACGAUACAAAUUGGAAAGGUCGCCGAGCGGUUUGCGAUAUUCGCGAUUCAUCUGGCGAGCACAAUGCCAUCAGGCAGCGGCGCAAAUGCAACGCGGAGCCCCGCGUUCACUACCGAUUUCUCUUUCAAUUGA